AACGCGACCACAAACUUUUGCAGACGUUCUUCAAUCUCAAGGCUGAAGAGGCUCGCAAAAGCGCCUACCGAGUGUGUUCGCAAGCAGAGACCAUUCGUCGCUGCAAUUCGGAAUGACUGUGUUGAAACCUGUGACGCCUAAACCGAUAGACGAUCCUCUGGCCGUUCAAAGCUGCGACUCGGUGCGAACUAAACGGAAACACAAAACCCACCAAACCAGCCGAAUCCGCGGCUCAGCCCUAGCACUGCACCCACUAGAUCUGGGCUAACUUAUUCGUUUCCCCGAAUAUUCGGCCUCAAGAGAAACAAGAAAAAAAAAAGGAAAAAGAAUAAAAAAACGGCAGAUCUCACACUUCCGGUUAUGCACUUAGUCGAAGCAAGUAUGUCAGCGUCGCGAUCCUCUUCCGACCUGGCAGCCAGCCGGAUACCAGGCCUGCCGUCAUCCUUCUACUACAUACCCAAUUUUAUAAGCCCAAGCGAAGAGCAGUACAUACUCCAGAAGGCUGAUCCCUGCGAAUAGAUGGGUGCAGCUCUCUAAGCGUAGGCUGCAAGCUCACCCUUCAGCGCUCGCCGCAAACAAUACCCUCAUAUCCGCGCCGCUCCCUGAAUGGCUGACAAGCUAUCCACCCAUUCGUGAACGCUUUAAGGGCCUUGCAAUCUUUGAAGGCACAAAACAUAACGAGGCGAAUCAUGUCCUUAUCAAUGAAUACCAUCCAGGCGAGGGCAUCAUGCCUCAUGAAGAUGGCGCCGCGUAUUCACCAGUUGUGGCUACAAUUAGUUUGGGAGCACCUAUCGUACUUGAUAUAUACGAGAAGCGCGUUGGUGAUGAGGUUGAAGAGCAGAGAGAGGUGAAAUAUAGGAUCCUGCAAGAGCCGGGCUCGUUACUGGUCACGAAGGGAGAGGCGUACACAAGUUUGUUGCAUGGCAUUUCUCCCAUUACUCGAGACGAUAACCUCUCGGCAGAUAGGAUAGCUAAUUGGGAAUUGUUGGGGAACAAGAAAACAUUCGAGCUUAGUGGUGGCGUAAGCGAGAGAAGUACUAGGAUAAGCCUCACAUAUAGAGAUGUACUCAAAGUUAGCAAAGUUGGACUUGGUAUAUUGAGCAGAAGAUGAUCAACCGGAAAUCAUUCAGGCGAGCAUAUAGUUAAGCAUAAACACCUCUGACAUGUCAUGAUAUGAAUUGCUAUUUGCGACUGCGAUUAUUGGAGCUGAACAGGAAUCAGAGAGCAGUCGAGAGG